AAAAUUAAAUUGGUAGAACUUAGAAGUGAGAGCGACACCGUAAAGAAAAGCGCCGCCGAGGUUCUGUAUUUCUAUCGAGCAGCAACAUUGGAGGCGACUGUGAUAGAAUUGCAGCAUUCAGUAUCACGACCCAACUCCCAUUUUCUCAAUUAGGGUUAGUUCCCUAACUCAAAUUUCUCACCUUAAUGUUGAAAACCCUCAAAUCCCCAAUUCACAUCACUAGAACCAUUCUACUUUGCAUAAAAAUCCCAUCUUUUUCACUAUGCACAACAACAUCACUCAGAAGAAACGAUGAAUCAGAAACUGACACAGAAUGGGAAAAAUUGCUCAAACCCUUUGACCUCAAACAACUCCAAAGGUCACUCAAUCCAAUUACCCCAUCUCAGCUUUAUAAAUUGCUGGAACUCCCUCUUGAUAUUCCCACUUCAAUGGAGUUGUUUGAAAAAGCUGGUUCACAACGAGGGUAUUGUCACUCUUUUUAUGUUUAUUAUCUCUUAAUUGAUAAGCUUGGUGAUGUUGGUGAGUUCAAAAUUAUAGAUAAGUUGUUGAAACAAAUGAAAGAAGAAGGUGUUGUGUUUAAAGAAUCGAUUUUUAUUUUGAUUAUGAGAUAUUAUGGGAAAGCUGGUUUACCUGGUCAAGCAACUAGGCUUUUGUUGGAUAUGUGGAAUGUUUAUUGUUUUGAACCGACGUUUAAAUCAUAUAAUGUUGUGUUGGAGAUUCUUGUUGCUGGAGAUUGUCCUAAGGUUGUGCCUAAUGUUUUCUAUGAUAUGUUGAGUAGAGGGAUUUCGCCGACUGUUCAUACGUUUGGUGUGGUUAUGAAAGGCUUUUGUAUGGUUAAUGAGGUUGAUUCGGCUUGUUCGCUUUUGAGGGAUAUGACGAAGCAUGGUUGUGUUCCGAAUUCUGUUAUUUAUCAGACGUUGAUUCAUGCACUUUCGGAGAGUAAUAGAGUGAAUGAAGCGAUGAAGUUGCUUGAGGAAAUGUUUUUGAUGGGUUGUGAACCGGAUGUACAGACGUUCAAUGAUGUUAUUCAUGGACUUUGUAAAGAUGGUCGGAUUCAUGAGGCGGCGAAGUUGCUUGAUCGAAUGCUUCUUCGAGGUUUUACUGCCGAUGCUCUAAUUUACGGGUAUUUGAUGCAUGGUUUGUGUAGGAUGGGGCAAGUUGAUGAGGCAAGGUCGUUGUUAAGCAAAAUUCCUAACCCUAAUACAGUGCUUUAUAACACGUUGAUUAAUGGUUAUGUUGCUACUGGAAGGUUUGAAGAAGCUAAGAGUCUUUUGUACAAUAACAUGGUAAUUUCCGGCUUUGAGCCUGAUGCGUUCACGUUUAACAUAAUGAUCGAUGGACUUUGCAAGAAAGGGCAUUUGGUCUCUGCUUUUGAAUUCUUGAAUGAAAUGGUAGAGAAAGGUUUUGAUCCUAAUGUGAUCACUUACACUAUAUUGAUAAAUGGUUUCUGUAAGCAGGGCCGGUUCGAGGAAGCUUUUGAAGUUGUGAGUAGCAUGUCAUCCAAGGGUGUUAGUCUGAAUACUGUCGGCUACAAUUGCUUGAUCGGUGCUCUUUGUAAAGACGGGAAGAUUCAAGAUGCCUUGCAGAUGUAUAAUGAAAUGUCAAGCAAAGGAUGUAAACCCGACAUUUACACAUUCAAUUCUUUAAUAUAUGGACUAUGCCAGAACAAUAAGAUGGAAGAAGCGCUGGGUUUGUAUCAUGACAUGUUCUUGGAGGGUGUUAUUGCCAACACUGUAACAUACAAUACAUUGAUUCAUGCAUUUCUUAGGGGAGAUUCAAUUCAACAAGCGCAUAAGCUUGUUGAUGAAAUGUUAUUUAGAGGGUGCCCCCUUGAUAAUAUUACUUAUAAUGGCCUUAUUAAAGCUCUUUGUAAAACCGGGGCAAUUGAGCAAGGUUUGGGAUUGCUCGAAGAAAUGCUUGGGAAAGGGAUUUUUCCAAAUAUUUAUUCUUGUAAUAUUCUGAUAAAUUCCUUCUGUAGAACUGGAAAAGUAAAUGAUGCUCUUCAGUUUCUUCGAGAUAUGAUUCAUCGUGGCUUGACACCAGAUAUAGUUACUUAUAACUCCUUGAUUAAUGGUCUUUGCAAGAUCGGCCGCGUUCAGGAGGCUUUGAACCUUUUUAACGGGCUUCAAGCUGAAGGAAUUCGUCCUGACGUGGUUACAUACAACACACUGAUCAGUACGUACUGCUACGUGGGGUUGUUUAAUGAUGCAUGUCUGCUUUUGUACAAAGGUGUGGAUAAUGGUUUCAUACCUAAUGAAAUCACUUGGUCAAUAUUGAUAAAUUAUUUUGUAAAAAAGUAUCAAAGGGAGUAAAUACCUUGCUCUAGAUUUAUUCGGUGGAACGGAGAGCUUCUUCUCAUUAAAAUGCCAAUUUGGUGUUUUAAAGCUCAUGCCAUAGGAGAUUACCAUGGAAUGUAGAGCUUCUUCUCUAUGAAGCAAAUAUUUUCUAUCCAGCUCACUUCAUGUUGCUCCUUGAUUUGAAUUGUCUGAUAGUAUUCUGAUUCUGAGCUAAUGUUGAAUCUCACUUUUGAUAACUCUACUAUGCUCAUGGGAAAUCAGGACUUUUGGCUAGCCGUGAUAAUCUGCCACGUUUUGUCUAUGCAUUGCCAUUUUUAUGUUGCAGAUUUUUGGCUAUCCACCAUCCAUCGUUGAUAACACUGGCUGAAGCAUGCAUUCACUUUUAAUGCAAGUAAGAGGUAGCCAUCAUUCUUUGCCAGGUGCUGAACUGUUGACAACAUUUCUGAUUUACCUGCUCCCUUUAACCAAGAUUUACCAUUUUCAUGGUGUUGUGAUGUAUUUGGCAAGUUAAGGUCAAGUUAAUGAUUUCUUAGUUAGUGUGCCUCAGGUGUCAAAGAUUGUGAAUGUACAUUAGUCGUCCGUUAAUGUUUCUCUUUGAUGUGCCAAGCCUGGGAAGUAUUGGCAAUUUGAAUGAUUCAUUGUCUUGUCAUUGCUAUUUUCUGCUUCAAACUGUGGUGGCACCAUGGCCACUGAUAUCCCACUAAGUUCUAACAUGACAACUCCAAGUUUUAUGGAUGGAUCUGAUUUCUUUCGGUCUUCUGAAAAAGCCGACCAAGCAAAUACGCCAACUGAACCUUUGUUAAGGCAGAUGCUAAACAGAUGAAGUAUAUGCUCUGCAGAGUUAGGUGCACCAAGCAAACAACCAACCAACUACUUCUGUAAGACAUUAAACUACAGGUGAUACCACAACUCAUGGAGGAUUUUGUGUUCCUUGAAGAGCAGCUGAAAAAGUCUUUCCGCCGCUCGUAGGUCAUAUUGACUUAGUGAUUUUGUCUGCUAUAGUUGAUAUGCUGUAAUUAGCUUGUCAGAAUAUGGACUUGAUAUUUGAUAAAUAUGACUAAAAAUUGUAAUUCAAUUGUAUGAUAUUUCUGCCUAUCUAAGACUGAAAAAUAUGGCUAUAUAA